CCCGAGAUGAGGGGACCUAAAUGCAGAACACAGACGCAGGGAUCGAAGGUGAAAUGGGGUUUAUUAAAGGAUGUGAAGGAGUGAGCGUGUGUGAGAAAGGUGAGUUGAAAUCGAGUGGUCAAGGUCAGGAUUCAAACUCUGUUCCACAGCAUGCUAGUAAGAUGCUCGGCUGAUGCACCACAGGGGAGGGAGAGUGAAGCCAAAUUUGAGUGGCCUGUACAGAGCCCUGACCUGAACCCCACCCAACACAUUUGGUAUGAACUGGAAUUCCGACUGUGGCUUUUUUGCCCAACAUCAUUGCCCAACCUCACUAAUACUCUUGUAGCUGAAUGGGCAAAAAUCCCCAUAGCCACAUUCCAAAAUUUAGUGGAAAGCCUUUCCAGAAGAGUGGAGGUUAUAAUAACAGCAAAAGAGGGAUUAAAUAUGGAAUGGGAUGUUCAACAAGCACAUACAGGUCUGAUGGUCAGGUAUCCACAAACCUUUACCCAUAUAGUGUAUCAGAAACCGAUAUCUGUUAGUUUAGUUUCUCUUAUUUACAGUUUUAAAAUCUCUUAAGUCUUCACAGCAUGUAGCACUACUAGCACUGAAAGCUGUGGCUAUAUGACCUGUGUUUUCACUAAGGUUAACCGCAGUAAGCAUUUCCUGAAUCAAACUGCACUAUUGAAUUUUUGACUUUAAGACGUCUCUUUCAAGUGGUCGUUGGGAGCUGACUCGCGUUCUUGAUGAGCCAUUUUGGUGACUGGACGGGCGAUUGGAAUUUAUUCUUGAAAAUAGGAUGAGCCGGAUGAAAAUGAUUAAUAGCUUAUUCUAAUAUAUAAUGUGUCUGGUGAAAUGUAAAUAUAUAUCUGAGUAAAUAUAACUGUUUGCUUUUGAGAAUGUGGUUAAGUAAACGUUAAAAUAUACAGAAACAUGUAUAUUUGUAUAAAGUAGAAAUAUUCCAAAAAAAACUAUUGCUCCUUCUCUACUUGAUGCCACUGGAAUUAAGUGAAAGCACAUUUUAUCUUAUGUCUCUUUAAGCCUCAGUAUGCCAAGUUAUGAAUGAUAAAUUGCCAAGAUACAUUUAUCGAAGCAAUGGAGUGCAAAGUGUACUGGAUCACAUAAAGGACAGCAAGUCAAAAAAUUGUGAGCAGCUUCAUGUGUCAUGUAUUCUCUCCUCACACUGAGUGCUGCAUAACUAGGUCUCUUCAUUCAAGGUUGUUGUGUUUGCCAGUUAACCCUGUUAGACACCCCAGUUAGACACCCCAGCUCACGUCGACGCACUGAUGGCCCUUUGAAAGGAUUCCCACUACAGAACCAAUUUUAUUUUGAAAGGAUGUUGGACCCCAAGCUCAAAGAGUAGCAGUGGCUGAAGUUUUCUUGGCCACCACAGGAAACCUAGGCUUACGAAGCCAAGCUCCAGACGUUUUUUUUUUUUUUUGGUAAUGCUUAGACACUGGGGAGGGAUGUGGGGGGAGUGUCGGAGUGUUGCCCUCACAGCGCCCUUGGAGUGACGGGAUCUGUCACUGCGAAUUACUAAGCAGAGCAGUGCCCUCUUCUGUGUUGUCAUAUGUUUGUUUACGUUGCCACUUGUGUUUUGUUUUGGUUCAUGUCCUUUCUCCACCCAUGCUCUCACUGGUUGUAUCUUUUGUUGUGUCUUGAUUCUCAGACCUGUUUUCACUUCGCCCUUUAAUUAGUUUGCACAUUUCAACCCUCUUGUUUCUCUGUUCUAGGUGACGUAUACGCUCAGUUUUGUCUUUGUGCACCUGACAAUACCAAGUCUGUUUCCCAUAUUUGCUGUUUAGGUUUGUCUGAGCUAUGUCUCUUGAUUUACACUUGUUGUCUUUGCUCAUUUAACCCUGUUUGCCGAUUGCCCGGCCCCUGCAUGUUGCGUGACCUUGAUUCUGCCUAAUGUUUUGGAUUUGUUGAUCUGUUCCUCAUUAAAGCCAAAUUACCUGCAACUGCAUCCACCUCAGCCUCUCUACACAACACACAGCACCUGAGAGCAGCAGAGAGGCAGCAGGGACAGUUCGAGAAAGCUUUACACCACUGGGGUUAAGGGAAAGUACAUAUUAUCUAAUCUCUCUCACUCAGCAUUAUUACGCCAAGUUAUUAAUGAUGUUACAUUUAUCAGAGCAAUAUCGUCCAAAGUGUACUGGCUCACAUGAAGGACAUCAAGUAAAAACAUAUGAGCAGCCUCAUAGCACCUGAGAGCAGCAGAGAGGCAGCCGGAACAGCCGAAGACAUGCAGAACCACCAAUUGUGCCACGUGAGGAAAAUGAUGAUGAGGAUGAAGAUAAACAACAUCUUAGUCAGACAGUGUCUGGGAGAAAUCAUUGGCACUUUUGUACUUUUGCUGUUCGGCUGUUCCGCAGCAGCUCAGGUGAAGACCGGUGAUCAAUUGAAGGGGCAGUAUCUGUCAGCCAACCUGAGCUUUGCUGUGGGGGUCAUGUCCGCCAUGUACCUCUGCAUGGGGGUGUCAGGUGCUCAUCUGAACCCUGCGGUGUCUCUGAGUUUCUGUGUGCUGGGUGAUCUUCCCUGGCGCUGCCUUCUGCCUUACUCUCUGUCUCAGCUGCUAGGGGCCUACCUUGCCUCUGCAGUUGUCUACACCAUGUACUACGAUGCUAUAAUGAAUUACAGUGGUGGGAUUCUGACUGCUUAUGGUCCUAAUGAAACUGCAUCCAUCUUUGCCACGUACCCCACACCGGGGACGUCCCUACAGACCAACGUCUUUGACCAGUUGGUCGGCACUGCUACACUGUUGUUGUGCAUCCUGCCCCUAAGUGAUAAGAGGAACAGACCUGCUCCUGAUGCCUUGCUCCCACCAAUUGUAGCAGCUGUUGUUUUGGGAAUAGCCACUGCCAUGUCAUCUAACUGUGGUGGAGCCAUAAAUCCAGCAAGGGAUCUCGGGCCUCGGCUCUUCACUCUCACAGCAGGCUGGGGCACUGAAGUCUUUACGUGCUAUGAUUACUUCUUCUGGGUGCCGCUGGUGGCUCCUCUGUUUGGGGGGUUGCUGGGCUGCUUUUUAUACCAAGUCUUCAUUCAGUGGCACCUUCCUGACCCUGAUCAAGAAACAGUCAAAAGCCAAUCCCAGGACACUGAAAUUAAUUUAAAAGUGGUUGCCCUGUAAUGAGCAAACAUCUAUCAUUUACGUCCCAAUUUCCUGUUAUCUUUCAUCAUUAUGAAGCAGAUGUUUAUGGAGUAGUCCAUUGCAAGGCAUCUCACAUGCACAAACACGCAUGCACACAUGUAUUCACAACUAUGGCCAAUUUAGAGUUAUAUUUAACUUCUUUUGAUAUUUAAAUAAAUAAAUAAAUAAUGUUAUCUGAUUUGUUAAUAACAUAAGACAGGAAAUGUAACAAGGAGAGCUAUUCCUGCUAAAUGAAUCAUAAUGUAUCUGCUUAGUUCUGGUUAGUAGACUGGAAAGCUACUGAAGUUACUGAAGUUCCACAGUUUUAUCGAAGCCUCCUUUAUCCCUCUUUAGUCUCAAUUUUGAGACUUUUCUACAUGAGCUAAAUUAUACCUGUAUUUAUCUUGGUAAAGAAUUUUUUGUCAUACCUUACUAACAAGGUAAUAAAUGCACUACUUUACAGAAACAGAAUAACAAACUCACUUUGCAUUCCAAGUACUAAAGAUGUCCCAUUCAUUGAUAUACAUUUUCAGUAACAGCUUUCUCCUGGUCAGGAUGGAUCCAGAGACUAUCCUGGGAACACUUGGGGUGAGGUUCAACAAUACCAGUAUAUUGCAGGAGACCAUGCACACAACAUUCACAUAAACCUAGGGGCAAUUUAGUCUGGAGAAUUCACCUACCAGUAUGUCUUUUGGGAGGUGGGAGGAAGCUGGAGAAUCUAGAGAAAACUCAUAGACAGAAAUCCAAGUUCCAGAUCAAAGCUAUCGGAAAUCAAGGAGCUGUAAGGCAGCAAUGCAACCUGCUGUGCCACUGUACUGUACCACCAGCUUACUUGGUACCUGUUGAACUAUACAAAAUAAAAGCACAAAAUCAGAA